AUGUAUGUGCGGUACCAAGCAUCCACGUCUACACCUCGCCCUCCCUCUCUUCCGUUUUCUCCUUCCAAGCACCCAUGUCUUCUCCCUCUGUUUUCUGCCCCUAGCCCCAUCUACACCCCCUUCGCAUCAUCCUCUCCCUUCUCUCCCCUCUCCGUCCUCUCCCUCCUCUCCCUCCUUUCCCUCCUUUCCCUCCUCUCCCUCCUCUCCCUGCUCUCCCUGCUCUCCCUCCUCUCCCUCCUCUCCCUUCUCUCCCUGCUCUCCCUGCUCUUCCUCCGCCUCUGCAGGGUCGUGAAGGAAAAUGACUUCACAGGGUCACUGCCCACCGUAAUGGGGCGCCUCACCAACCUCCAGCACUUCAUCCAUCAUACCACCCGCCACAUCUACCACGGACCAAUGUCGCAGCAAUACCCUUUUCCACCAAUGUCACAGCCCCAUGCGCAACACCCCAUGUUCCCCCCUCCCUCCACGGCACGAACGGCCUCGCAGGUCCCCCCUCCCACACCCAAAACUCACCUCGUCCCUCCUCCCACACCCACCCCUCCUCCCACACUAACCCCUCCUCCCACACCCACCCCUCCCCCCUACCAUGUCCCCUCUACUUCUCACCCCUCGGCUUCUGGUCCCUCUGCUUAUGACCCCUCUGCUUCUGACCCGUCUGUUUAUCACCCCUCUGCUUCUCACCCCUCUGCUUCUGACCCCUCUGCUUCUGACCCCUCUGCUUCUGACCCCUCUGCUUCUGACCCGUCUGUUUCUCACCCCUCUGCUUCUCACCCCUCUGCUUCUGACCCCUCUGCUUCUGACCCCUCUGCUUCUGACCCCUCUGCUUCUGACCCCUCUGCUUCUGACCCCUCUGCUUCUGACCCCUCUGCUUCUGACCUCUCUGCUUUGAAGCCCUCCGCUUCAACACGUCAUUCAACCGCCUCUCGGGGGAAAUCCCCUUUGACUUCAUCAAUGUCAACUUCUACAUUCUGUGCGUCACCCCUUCGCCUCCUUCAUCCUGUGCUCGCCCCUCCCCCCUUGUUUCAUGUGUUCCCUCUCCCGAACCAUUUCUCUGCUCUGUUUGAAGCGCCUCAAACCAAUUACUCGCACAACAGGUUCUCAGGAGCGCUCGACCCCUCCCUCUCCACCCUCACCAACCUCCUCGAGCUGGACAUGUCGGGCAACCUCCUCACAGGGUCCAUUCCAGCCUUCAUCUCACGCCUUACCGACCUCACUAUGCUCGACCUCUCUUCCAACCAGUUCACUGGCACCGUCCCGCCAGCUGUCAGCAACCCCACUGGCCUCGUCAGCAUCAACCUGGCGCACAACCUCCUGCAGGGCUCAAUUCCCCGGGCUCUCUCGCGCCUCGCCUCCCUCACCUACCUCAACGUGUCAUCCAAUCAGCUGUCAGGAGACAUCACACCGGCACUCUCUCCUCUGCGCUCCCUCGAGAUUGUUGACAUCUCAGCCAUCGAAUUGAACGGCUCUGUUCCGCCCUUCUUUCGUCGCAUGCCCAACAUGACCCACCUGGACAUGUCCAUCAACCUACUCUCCGGCUCACUGCCACCCUCGAUCCUCAACCUGCGACAGCUCUCCCAUCUCAAUGUGUCUCGCAACCGCCUCUCAGGCCCUCUGCCCAACGCUGCUGCCAGUCCAGCUCUCAUCAUCGACCUCUCAUUCAACGCGCUCUCAGGGCCGCUGGAGAGGCCCCAUAUCAACCUCAAGCGCCUGGCCAUGCUGGCGGUGCACCACAACCAGCUCAGCGGCCCCAUCCCCGAGUACCUCUGCCAAUCCGUGCUGCAGAUCAUUGACGUCAGCAACAAUCUGAUCUUCAUGGAUGCCGCAACCUUCCAAAACAUGCCGCCAAUCAGCCUGGAUCUCAGCGGCAACUACCUCUACGGCUCCCUCUCCCCCUCCCCCAACAUCACCCUCUCCUCCUCCUCCUCCUCCUCCUCCUCCUCCUCGCCACCCAUCCCCUCUCUCGUCCUCCCUGCGACCCCCCAACCCCAGUCCCUUCCCCCCUGGGCAGUCCAGGAUGCAACGAAAUCUGAGUGGGCGUGGGUAUGGCAGGGGGGGCAGCAGGGGGCAACUGGAGCAGGAGGGGCGAGCGGGGGGAAUAGCAGCAGCGCAGCGGCGUGGCUGGCUGUGGAGGGCAACUGUGUGGGGAGUGAGGUUGUGGGGCAGCAGCGGGGGGCAACAGAGUGUGCGGCGGUGUGUGGGAUAGAGCCAGGGCAGGGCCCCUGUGGGGGUGCGGGUGAGGGGCAGUGUGUGGUGCAGAGCGGUUGGCCGCCGUCCCUCUCGUGCUCCUGUGCCAGUGGCUACGUUGCUGUCACUGCUGUCGGCACUGCCAAUACCACCACUUGCCAGCUGCCGCCCCCUUCCGUGGCCUCUCUGUCCACGGGUGCCAUAGUGGGCAUCGUUCUGGGCUGCUUUGCUGGCUUCACGCUGCUGGCUGCUAUGCUCGCAUGGUUGCUGUGGCCCCGCGGACCAAAGAAGUGGGAGGGGUUGGAUGUGUGCGAGCAGUUCUCGCUGCAGCAGAUGCUCAAGGCCACCAGCAACUGGUCCGAGGACAAUGUGCUGGGCAAGGGUGGCUUUGGCAUUGUCUACAAAGGCUGCUCGCCGCAGGGGCAGCUGUGGGCCAUCAAGCGCUCCACCAUCAUGACCAACGACUUUGAAACGGAGGUGCGAGCCAUGGCCUCUCUCCACCACGUGCAUCUGGUGCGCCUGCUGGGCUUCUGCCUGGACCAGAACGUGGAGACGGGCAGGCAGGAGCAGAUUCUCGUGUACGAGUUCAUAGACAACAGGGACCUCCAGUACCACAUCCAUGCCACCAAGCGUCCGCUCUCUCUGCGCCAGAGGCUGCGCCUAGCACAGGGAACAGCAGAGGGCCUGGCAUACCUGCACGGUUUUGACACGACCAUCGUGCACCGCGACAUCAAGCCGGCAAACAUUCUUGUGACAGCCGACAUGCAAGCCAAGGUGGCUGACUUCGGGCUGCUCAAGCGCCUCACUCACGGCGAUGCUGACGCCACACGAGUGGCCGGCACUCCGGGCUAUGUGGACCCGGACUACAACCGCACCCACAUCAUCACAGCCAAGAGCGAUGUGUUCAGGUUCGCAUGCACGCUCGUGCUCAAUCCCAUGAACUGGUGCACCUCACUUGUUUUCUGA